AUGGGGGAGGCCACCGGCAGCGACGGAUCUGUGAAGAUCCGGCUCCGCGGCCGAGGCUCCAAGCCCCGGCCUCGGGACCGCAGGUACCUGGAAGGCCCCGAGCACAAAGAGUCCACCGACGAGCUGAUGCUUUGCAUCAGUGCCACCAACAGGCGCUCCUUCGAAAAGGCGGCCAGCCAUGUGGAGGGCUUGAUUAGGUCAGUGCAGCAGGACUACGCAGCGUUUUGCCAGGCCUGA